AUGCACACCAAAUCUGACCCUGAUAAUGCCAGUGAUGAAGAUAAGCCGGCAAUUGCUAAGAUAAUAAUUAAAGGAAGAGUUCCAGUGGAUCCCCAGUGCACUGGCAAAGUUAAUAUCGCACAUGUUCUUCAUGACGGUGACAAUGUUUACAACUUCAUGCUCAAUCAGACAAAUCUGCAGAACAAUAAUAACAAGUACUAUAUGGGUCAAGUUCUGGAAGAUGACGCUGGAGGGAAUUACUCUGUAUGGUUCCGUUGGGGUCGAGUUGGAAAAACAGCUCAAACUUCUCUCCAAAGCUUUGGUUCUAAACAGUUAGCUAUUAGGGAAUUUCAAAAGAAGUUCCGCGAUAAGACUGGCAAUGACUGGCUCUGUCGAGCUAACUUCAUAAAAAAGCCUGGUCACUAUGAUCUUAUUGAACAAGAUUUCGGUGUAAGAGCCUGUUGA